AUGACUACCGUCGACGCAGUUCGGAUCUUCGAUGUCGGAGCAGGUCAAGUCCAGGGUGCUAGACCAUAUCAAGAGGAUCGAUACACAGUCCUCCAGCCGGAAGAAUUCCCCGCGCAGACACAUGACAAGAUAGGAUUCUUUGCUGUAUACGACGGACAUGGAACGGGGUCAGUUUCAGAACAUGCCAGCAAAAACCUACAUUUUCUGUUCGCUCAACGACCCGAGUUUAACAAGGGUGACUAUGCCAGUGCAAUCAAGGCCGCUAUUUCGGACGAGGAUCGUGUAUUAUUCAAGCAAUUCAUGAAAGAGAGUGAAGAAUCCGGAUCCACGGUAGCGGUAUGUAUAAUCAACUUCACAGAGGGUGAGCUCAUUGUCUCAAACCUGGGCGACUCGCAUGUCAUUUUGGCGGAGAGAGAUCCCAAGACAGAGCAACCAUUUCACAUCAGACGGGUGACAGAGGCACACAAGCCGGAGAUUCCGAGUGAAAGGAAACGCAUUGAAGAAGCAGGGGGUGAAGUUGUGGUACGCAGGGGGAUUCCUCGAAUCGGAUGUCUUAAUAUGUCGCGCGCUCUAGGGGACUUGCAAUACAAGAACUUCAACAUAGUGAGCACGUCAGAAGACGGACCCACAACAAGUUCGACAUGGGGGAACUUCAUAUCAAAUGAGCCAUAUACAUCGAGACGAACACUUAAGAAAGAUCGACGGUACAUUCUCGUGAUUGCCUCAGAUGGUGUCACUGACCGCUUUGAGGAAACUGACAUAAUCCACCACGUGAUAGAGCUGACCCAACAGGGAAAGCGGGCUAGUGACGUUGCUGAAUGCCUCGUUAAUAGAUGUGGAAAUCAUAUAAGAAGUGACAACGCCUCUUGUAUAAUAAUGAUGAUAGACGGACAAGAGUCCUGA